GCCGGGCGGCUCCUCCCGCCCCCGCCCCCCGCGCGCCCGCCGGCAGGGCAGAGGAGAGGAGCGCGCGGCCGCGCAAAGCAAGCCGAGCGGAGCUGAGCCGAGCCGGGGGCGCAGAGCGCGGGAGGCGGCGGCGGCGCGGAGCCCAGCCCUUCCCUGCCCCAUCCUUGGUGUUUUCAGAUGAAAAGAAAGAAGAAAAGCAGUGUUGGAAGUGCUGGUUUCUGCCUGUCAAGGUGAAGGCUGUCCAGGUUGCCAGAGGCCUUGCAGCUGCCUGGCAGUUUGACUUGGAGAAGAGCCUGGGGGUGUAGGGAGAUAGCAGCUUUCCUCUCAGUCAGCUCUGUCAUUGGCGGCUCCGCUGCCGGAUGGGAGUGCCCCAGUGUGCUGGAUGAAGCUGGCGCAUGCACCAUGUCAUCAUGUGUCUCUAACCAGCCCAGCAGCAACCGGGCCGCCCCCCAGGAUGAUCUGGGGGGCAGGGGCAGCAGCAGCAGCGAAAGCCAGCAGCCCUGUGCGGCCCUGCGGGGCCUCUCAUCCUUGAGCAUCCACCUGGGCAUGGAGUCCUUCAUCGUGGUUACCGAGUGUGAGCCGGGCUGUGCUGUGGAUCUUGGCCUGGCCCGGGACCGGCCUCUGGAGGCCGAUGGCCAAGAGGCCCCCCUUGACACCUCCGGGUCCCAGGCCCGGCCCCACCUCUCUGGUCGCAAGCUGUCUCUGCAAGAGCGGUCCCAGCCUGGGCUGGCAGCCGGCGGCAGCCUCAACAUGAACGGACGCUGCAUCUGCCCAUCCUUGCCCUACUCGCCUGUCAGCUCCCCGCAGUCCUCGCCUCGGCUGCCCCGGCGGCCCACAGUGGAGUCUCACCAUGUCUCCAUCACGGGUAUGCAGGACUGUGUGCAGCUGAAUCAGUAUACCCUGAAGGAUGAAAUUGGAAAGGGCUCCUAUGGCGUCGUCAAGUUGGCCUACAAUGAAAAUGACAACACCUACUAUGCAAUGAAGGUGCUGUCCAAAAAGAAGCUGAUCCGGCAGGCCGGCUUUCCACGUCGCCCCCCACCCCGAGGCACCCGGCCAGCCCCUGGAGGCUGCAUCCAGCCCAGGGGCCCCAUUGAGCAGGUGUACCAGGAAAUCGCCAUCCUCAAGAAGCUGGACCACCCCAAUGUGGUGAAGCUGGUGGAGGUCCUGGAUGACCCCAACGAGGACCAUCUGUACAUGGUGUUCGAACUGGUCAACCAAGGGCCCGUGAUGGAAGUGCCCACUCUCAAACCUCUUUCUGAAGACCAGGCCCGUUUCUACUUCCAAGAUCUGAUCAAAGGCAUCGAGUACUUACACUACCAGAAGAUCAUCCACCGUGACAUCAAACCUUCCAACCUCCUGGUCGGAGAGGAUGGGCACAUCAAGAUUGCCGACUUUGGUGUGAGCAACGAGUUCAAGGGCAGCGACGCUCUCCUCUCCAACACUGUGGGCACGCCCGCCUUCAUGGCGCCCGAGUCGCUCUCUGAGACCCGCAAGAUCUUCUCUGGGAAGGCAUUGGAUGUUUGGGCCAUGGGUGUGACCCUCUACUGCUUUGUCUUUGGCCAGUGCCCAUUCAUGGACGAGCGGAUCAUGUGUUUACACAGUAAGAUCAAGAGUCAGGCCCUGGAAUUUCCAGACCAGCCGGAUAUAGCUGAGGACUUGAAGGAUCUGAUCACCCGUAUGCUGGACAAGAACCCUGAGUCGAGAAUUGUGGUGCCAGAAAUCAAGCUGCACCCCUGGGUCACGAGGCAUGGGGCGGAGCCGUUGCCGUCGGAGGACGAGAACUGCACGCUGGUCGAAGUGACCGAAGAGGAGGUCGAGAACUCAGUCAAACAUAUUCCCAGCCUGGCGACCGUGAUCCUGGUGAAGACCAUGAUUCGGAAGCGCUCCUUUGGGAACCCAUUUGAGGGGAGCCGGCGGGAGGAGCGCUCCUUGUCAGCUCCUGGAAACCUGCUCACCAAAAAAACAACCAGGGAAUGUGAGCCCCUGUCUGAGCUCAAGGAAGCAAGGCAGCGAAGACAACCUCCAGGGCACCGACCCGCCCCCCGUGGGGGAGGAGGAAGUGCUUUUGUGAAAGGCAGCCCCUGCGUGGAAAGUUGCGGGGCCCCUGCCCCCGGCUCCCCCGCAUGCAUGCAUCCACCGCAGCUGGAGGAGGCGAUGGAGUCGGAGUAGCUGCCUGGACCGCUCGACCUCGCAUGCACGCCGCGUCGCCUCUGCGGGGCUGCUACACCCGCGUUUCCAUAGCAGCAUGUCCUACGGAAACCGAGCACGUGUGUAGAGCCUUGAUCGUCAUCUCUGGUUAUUUGUUUUUUCCUUUGUUGUUUUAAAGGGGACAAAAAAAAAAAAAAAAAGGACUUGACUCUGUGACGUCGACCUUGGCCGCUGGCUGGCUGAACAGGCAGGUGUGAGGAGUUGCAGACCCAAACCCAUGUGCAUUUUGGGACAGUUCCUUUUUAAAACGUUUUUAUGCCAAAAAUCCUUCAUUGUGAUUUUCAGGACUGUGUCAGAUAGACCAAGUGUGUGUGUGUGGGGCUUGACAACUGUGGGAAAGUGAGCAGAAAACUCCAACGGUCUGAGGCCAUGGAGGUGGUUGCUGCAUUUGAGAGGGAGUAGGCGGUUAGAUGUGGCUCCUUGUGCAAACCCAAACCGUGGCACCUUCCAGAGUUGUGGACUCCAGGAGGCAGAGUGGGGCUGGCCCUCAGUAGCUGCAGGGAGCCCUGAUGCAGCUUAUCGCUAAGAAGGAUUUAAAAAUUUUUUUAUGGGUAGAAUUGUAGUCAGGAAAACAGAAAGGGCUUGAAAUUUAGUAAGUGCUUCUAGAAGGGGAUUUUCCAAGCCUGGAAGGGUAUUCAGUAGCUGUGGAGGGAAAAGUUUCUCCUGAAAGACUGAACGUGUUUCCUCGUGACAGGUGCUGAAAGCAGGUUUCUGAGAUAGUUGACUGGGCUCUGGUAAAUUCUCUGUCAAAUUACAAAAACUUCAGGUGAAAUCCUAUGUUUCCAUGUACAUUACAAGGCUUAAGCUGAAACGAAAAAUAUUUUCAAGUCUCUAACUAGACUGAACUCUAAAGCACAGUAGUUCAGAAAUGAUUUAGAGCUUCCAGGACCUAGUUCACGGCUCAGGCAUGUGAUCAGUUGGAGCCGAUGAGACCUACGCCUGUCUGUGUCUAUUAGCAGCUUAGCUAGUUCAUAACCUGUGUAUUCUAGAGACUGCUAAGCUUUUGUUUUCAUUUUAAAUCCUAGCUGAUUGUUGUGGUCAAUGAAAUACCCAGUUUCUGGAGGGCCAGUUGGGAAAUGCUUUCGCUGGACUGAUACACAAGUGACCCUCCUGAGAUCUGAGCUUCCCUAGACUCCACACAGUAACCUUGGCACCCUUUUAGAGAAGACGCUUGAAACCCACACCACUCCUCAGGGUAUGAGGAAACCAGGGCUGGGCACGGGAAGUUCCCCUUUAUAGCUACAAGUCCAGAAAGGCAGGGUUCAUCUUUUUGACUUCCAAUUAAUAUUGGGAAGUUUGGUUGAGGUUCCAGUGUGACUCCUUUCAGAGCCACGGGUGGGGGAGGGUGAAGUUGAGGGGGAGGAAAGCUGGAAGGACUCCGCCCUGGGAGAUUCCCAGCUCUGCUUUCCAGCGCUUGGCAGAAUCUCAGCCGGGGAAAGACCGUACCAGGAACUGGGUUCGGAAGACUCUGCUUCCCCGUCAUUUCCAUCUGAUCAGCCCUGGUGUGAGGACUUCUCAGACAAAGGCAAGGCCUUCCCCGUCAUUUCCCCUGCCCAGCCCAUUCAUAGAGCCCUGGGUAUUCUUGGCUUCCAUAGAUCCUAACUAAGCUCUUAAUUGUAGUUUAGCCAGACCUUUCUUGUUAUCUUAUAAGCAUUUCAGAAUUAUUGAAUGCUGGCUUUGAAGAGCAAAGGACAGGUCGUCUAAAGAGGGUCGUCUGGCCUGCUUGCUGGGUCUUUGUCACCCAGCACUUCCUCUUGCACUUCUUCUUCUUUACAAUUAUGGGGAAAGGACUCAAUGGCCCCAGCCCUCCUGGCGCUAGAUGAGGCUUGGCUAGUUUGCAAUAAGCACCUUGCAGAGGUUAAAGCCAGCAAGUCCCUAGUCUGAGGCCCAGCCUGCCUGUGGGCUCUGGCCUGGCCUGGUGGCUGGCCCAGGGGGUGGCAGCGCUCAGAGCUUCUACAGGGCUUCUCUUGUUUACACAGCUGCAUCCGACAAUGCCAUUUCUCCCCACCACGGAAACUUCCAUCUAAGAUUUCUUCCGGGUAAUGCCAGCAAUCAGGCAGCACCCAGCUGUUGGGGCAGUGGGGUGGGAGAGGCCCACAUUGAUGACUUUUUUUUUAUACGAAGAAACACCAAAGAAAGCUGUGGAAAGGACCUGCCCCACCUGAAAAGGAUAAGCCAAGACAGCAGUAAACACAAAGCAUUUGAGCUACUCUCUCAGAGCACACUGAUUUUUCAAAAGCCAGCUCGGGAAAGGAGGCGCCGUUGUGAGCAGCUCUUCCAGUGGGCACAGAGGACACCCAUCAUUUCCUCCAUUGCUGGCUCAUCUGUGGGACCAAUUUGGUGUAAGCAACCUGUGGCCUGCACCUGUGGCCUCGAAGGAAGCACAAACCUUCCAUCCACUUGCCAUUUCCUCGGCCCUUUUCCGCUGCCCCCUUCCAUGCUACCAGUUACCAGUGGCUCCCAGAAAGCCUUAUCGAGCCCCUUGUGGGCACUUGGGGCUGCAGAGGCCUCUCCCCACUGGUCUGGCCUUUCCCGAGAGGCAGGGCUCCUAUCCUCAAGCUUUCUGGAACAAGGAGGGGAAUCCCUGUGCAGGUGGAUACACAGGGCUGGCCUGUCGCUUUCACUCGUCUUCCAGUAGGGAGCUAAGAAUCAUGACCUCCACUUGCUUCCAAGGUGCUAGGGAAGUUUCAGGGUAUGCUGGUUCCCCGCUCCAGCUGGAGGCCGAGUUUCUGGGGACUGCCGACUUUUCUACUCUAUGAUCGAUUCAACACCCGAUGCUUCUGUUUCAUUCCCGACCCUUUCUACUAUGCAUUUUCCUUUUAUCAGGUGUACAGAGUUAAAUACUGUGUAUUUAUCACUAAAAAGUACAUGAACUUAAGAGAAAAAUAAGCCUUUGGUGUUUUUCCACAGAUGUUUAAGCUUCUCUGUAAAGUUGAAAUAAACAGACAGCAAAAUGGUGCAAA